GCGGUUGAUAGCCUGUGUUGUGGGUGCGCAGUGCGCAGUCAGGGAAUGCAAAUCGAAAAGUAAAUACGCGUAUGCUUGUGCGGCAUUUAGUGUCAGCAAAUAUAUAAGUGCAAAAUCAAAAAAGCUUCCCCGAAAGCCUGAUAAACCGUCAAGAACCAAAGAAACACAAAUUCGCAACAACUACCAAUCAAGGCCAGCUAAGAAUGCGCGAAUCUCUUUGCAUACGUACAUAUUCAUUGAGCGUUAUUCGGGCCUAGCACACGUCGAACAGAUCGGAGGAAGAGCAUUAGGCACCACACGAAUAGUAAAAUGGGUGUCACCGAAUCGAACGAAUCGCAGGAGGAUCGCGUGGGCUAUGUGCGCAUUCAGGAUAUUCCACAGUUGAAUCAGGAACAUUGUCGAAUGCGCGAUCCGCAGCGUGUGGAACGGAUUAUCAACGAGUUUGUCUGCGGGGGACCGGAACGAAUGCAGAUAGUAUCCGACUUUGAUUACACGAUCACGAAGCAGCGCACGGAUGACGGCGUUGCUGUGCCCUCGAGCUUUGGCAUCUUCAACUCGUGCAAGUCCCUGCCGGACAACUUCAAAGAGGAGAUAGACAAGCUCUUUCACAAGUACCAUCCCAUCGAGAUUGAUCCGCAUAUGCCGAUACCCGACAAGGUGCAGUACAUGAUUGAGUGGUGGACGCAGUCGGGCAAACUGGCCAGUGGCUUCGCCUUCGAUCUGGCCGAAUUGGAUCAAAUGGCUGGCCAAUUUAAGCAUGCGCUACGUGACGGAACGCAUGAGCUUUUCGAAGCACUGCAGCGUCUGCAAAUUCCGGUUCUCGUCUUCUCCGCCGGCCUGGGCAACUCGGUGGUGUCGCUGAUGCAGCAGGCGAACAUCAUGCAGCCGAAUGUAAAGGUCGUUUCGAACUUUCUGCGCUUUCGGGAUGGCCUACUGGACGGCUUUCAGGAGCCGAUGAUUCACAUUUUCAACAAGAACGAAACUGUGCUCGAGGGCGGUGAAUAUUACGAGUUGGUACAUACGCGUGAUCAUAUUAUUGUCAUGGGGGAUUCCCUGGGCGACGCGGACAUGGCGGCCGGCGUGCCAGCGUCCUCGCACAUUCUAAGGAUUGGCUUCCUCUUCCACCACGUAGAGGCCAACAUGGAGAAGUACAUGAACGCCUUCGACAUUGUGCUCGUCGACGAUCAAACCAUGAGUGUGCCUCAAGCUCUGCUCGCGCUCAUCGACAACCGUCAUCAAAUGCGUCACCCACACGCAAGCAAUGGAACAGCUUCUAUACAAGCUUUGCCGAAUGCUGCACUGUGAAAUGGAUAUUCGAUUGCUUUCCUAUGGGUAAUUUGGAUUUGACGGUUAUUAGUGAGAAUACAGAACAGAAUCAGAAGCUACUAAUUAGACAGUUUAGGCUUAAAAGGUCCCUCAUCCGAUUCGAAAAAAAUUGUAACAUGUAAAAAUAAAAUUGAUAUUUUAUUAUCAGUUUUUCAGAGUUUGGUAAUUGCUCUCUAUAUGUAUGUACGUGGAUUUACAUACAAAUAGACUAAUUCAUUUGUAUCUAAAACUCAUUCCAAUUUUAUUAUCAGGCUCUCUAAAAUUCAGUUAAGUCUUUAUAACUUAUGGAUGCAUAUAUAGUAUAUAUUUGCACACAUUUGAUUUUGUUUAUUUAAGCUAAAAUUAGCGUCUUACCUAGUAAUUUUACAAAAAUUGUACUUGAGUAGACAUGGAAAUAAAUACCAGACUAUACCGAUUCGCA